AUAGUUGUGUGCUUCCACUGUGUAUUGACAUCAUAUAUAUUGUUUUGAUUUGAAGCAGAACUUGCAUUGAUAUUGCUUCGGAAAUAAGAGAGUAUGGAGAGUCGCCAUAGGCUUUUGUUGCUCGCAUGUAUAUCAAAUUUGGCUAUUAUUCACCUUGUUCAAGCUCAAGAUCAAAAUGGUAUAAGCAUUGACUGUGGAACAACGGGAUCCUACGUGGACUCCAACAACGUAACAUGGGUCGGAGAUAAUGGCUUUGUCACCACCGGCGAAUCCAUUAAUAUUACGGACGUCACCACAAAGCCGAUCAACACUCUCCGGUAUUUUCCAACCGGUCAAACAAACUGCUACACCAACAUUCCGGCGACAAAAGACCAGAAAACCCUUGUGAGGACGAAGUUUUACUAUGAGAACUAUGACGACAAGUUCUCGCCGCCAUCUUUCGACAUAGUUUAUGACGGGAAACACCGUGAUUCUAUUGAAAUUACUGAAUCAUUACUCAACGACGAGGACACAUUCUAUUUCUCUGAGGUGAUAUUUGCUCCGGCGAAUGAGAAUAUCAGCGUUUGCCUCCUCCGUACUUCUCCGUCCGAUAACCCUUUUAUAUCUUCCAUUGAAGUUUACAGCUUCGAUGCCGGCAUGUACGAAGAUGUUGGUCCUGAAGAAGGUCUCAUUCUCUAUGAAAGAAUUACGUACGGUGCCAAAAAGCUUAUAAGCUACCCGUCAGAUCCUUACGGUAGGCUAUGGUCUCCGUCAGGGUCCGAAGACAACACCGCACUGACCGAUCUAACAACCUCAGCCCCAUCGAUAGACAUCACCGGGGCGUCAAACAAGCCGCCAGAGAUUGUUAUGUCGAAGGCAUUGUCAGGAGAUGGCUUAAUCAUCUCCGGCCUGCCUCUCCCCUCAACUGCUGUAUUGGUAUACUUGGCUCUUUACUUCUCGGAGCCUCAGAGUCUAGGUCGGACCCAGAAACGAUCGUUCAACAUUUUCUUGGACAACAUGCAAGUGGGUUCACAUCCCAUCGUACCGGUUUUUGGGAAAGCUACUCAACUCGUUUUGAGAGAUGUAGAGGCCACUUCGGAGUCCCAGAUAGUCUUUAAGUCUACGGAUGACUCGGUUUUGCCAACCAUCAUCAAUGGUUUGGAGCUAUAUUCAAUAAGUAACAACCAGCACGGUGGAAGCGGAGGCCAAAGCGGUGGUGGUGGUGGGGGCCAAAGCGGUGGUGGUAAUAAUGGUGGGAGCAAAGUAGGAAAGAAAAAGAACAACUUACCACUCAUUUUGGGAGUUACGUUCGCCUCCGUGUUCGUUGUUUUCUGGUCAGCGUUCGUGGUUAAUAUUUUGAGAAAGCGUCAAAAUGCGAAGCCAGAGUCCAACACAGCACCAUCUACGUCCACAGAGCAUGGAAUAGGAACAGGAGAGUCACCUCUAUUUGGACAACAAACGGCCAGCGACACGAAUGAUUCGUAUGUUGUUCAAGAUGAAUAUCGAAACUAGUUGUGGGCGAGCUAGAUCCAUGUGUUAUUCUACACCUUUUUGUCUUUUUUAUGAUUCUAUUUUUUUUUUUUGAAUCAAUGUAAAAUUAAUUAAAAAAGUCCUUUGUUACAAUAUAUACAUCUUUGAGCU